GACCUGCCCAGGGGCUCUGCCGCCGCCGUGGUGGGUGUGGAGCUGCAGGUUGGCUCUGCUCUAGCGGCGUGGGGGGUUGCCGGGGCCUGAGAUCCGGUUGCGACCUGGCUUCCCGGGAUGUCGGUGGCCUUCGUACCCGACUGGCUGAGAGGCAAGGCGCAAGUCAACCAGGAGACCAUCCAGCGGCUCCUGGAGGAGAAUGACCAGCUGAUCCGCUGCAUCGUGGAGUAUCAGAACAAAGGCCGGGCGAACGAGUGCGUCCAGUACCAGCAUGUGCUACAUAGAAAUCUCAUUUAUUUGGCAACCAUUGCAGAUGCCAACCCAACCAGUCCUUCAAAAGUAAUGGAAUAAUCUUCCAGUUGGCUGUUGUGAGGAGUAACGGAAAGUAAUACAUUUCCUGUGAAACAGAGACAGGAUCUCUACCAACUCAGCUGCUGAAAACAUGAAGGAAAUCUCUGUGUCUCUUUUGAGUGUGAAAAUGUGAAGAACUAAAAUAACUGUAUUUCAGUGUAAAUAUUUAUUUUAACAAUCAAGCAGAUUCCCUCAA